AUGGUUAGUAAGCCAAAGGCGCAAACACCGAUUAAACGAAGGAAGAACACGAAGCAAAAGAAGAAGAGGACCAAGAAGGCUUCGAGGCCUUCAAGAACCCCGAAGGCACCAAAAACGCCAAAAUUGAGGAAAACGACGAAAACACCAAAGACACCAAAGACGCCGAAAACACCAAAGACGCCGAAAACACCCAAGACGCCAAAAACGCCAGCCAGUCGUGGUGGCGUCUCAAAACUCAAACGCAUCAAGACGGUGCGGCCAGUGAAGACGCCGACAAGAUUCACACCGGCUCAAUCGGCGUCGCCGCCGAAGCGCGCCGUCGAGAAGCCGAAGGACGACAACAUCAAGAAGGAGAAGCAUGGGAACAAAAAGGAGAAGGAUGAGGAGAAGCAGAAGAAGAAGAAGAUCAAGACGAGCCUUCACGAAGACAAGGGCGAGAAGGCCAAACAUCGAAAAAGGGAGUCCAAGGAGAAGAAGGAUCCGAAGGAUGUCGAACAUCAGAAGGCGGCAGAUCACAAGCCGCCACCGCAACCGCUAACCCCGAACAGUGUCCGCAGCAAACUUUACGAUAUUAUCGGCGACAAGGAUGACGAGAGUGCCUACAAGUCGCUGCAAGCACCACCAGCUCCUUCGGCUCUUCCGGCUCCUCCAGCUCCUCCGUCGCCUCUCCCCGUCGCACCGUCUCCAAAAUCGUCGGUGCUCAAAGUGGGCGCACGAGCGAGUCAAAUCCGCCGUCAUUUGUACGACGUCUACGAUGACGAGGAUAGCCGUCCAAAGGCGUGCCGCCAAUCGACUAGUCAGCGACUCGUCGUUCCCCUCUCGAUUAGACCGCAACGCGACCGCGACGCGUCAAACAAAAUCGACUGGACCGUCAUUUUCGAGCAUUUCGAGUGCCAAAUUUUUGACGACACUCUGUACAAUCCAUGCGAAGCAACGAAAAUCAAUUUUUUUUUUCAUUUUGCAGCGCCAAUCGUCGAGACGACCGUCGAGGUGCCCGUCGAUGUGAAACGCUCGAAUCUCGUCAUGCCGGCGCCCGAGGCCUACGUGAAAGCCACCGGCGGCACCGUUCAUCCGCUAUCGGCGUCGCGAAUCGACAUGGACCUCAUCGGUCUCGCGGGAAUGUAUUUGGAGCGUCAAGGGAUGCACGAGACGCGCAAAGAGGCGUUCGAUUGGCUCGCGCUCAAUCGUCACGAGUUUGUUCGUCAUGAGGCGACGUUGUCGACAAAUUUGGGCAUCGCUUUGGCCGAUAUCGAAAUCGACAAGAAGCUCUUCCUCGGCACCAUCGACGUGCUUCUGGCGGACCGUCAAAUCUCGCAACUCGAGCGCGACAUCAUCACCUCGAAACUGACGCCGAUGAACGUGCCGUUGACGAUAUGCGCGGCCGCGUGGGUCCUCAAAACGCACUGCGACGCUUACAAAAAGACGGGACCAAGCUCGUUGAGCCUAUUCAAUGUUUAA